CAUCUCCUCAUUCCUCGCUCGCUACUCAGCAUAUACACGCGUUACGCGUCGCGAUAAUUACUAGUGCUCGUGUUAAGUGACCCUCAAUAUGAAAGCCAUAACGGCGGUGUGUGCGACUGGAGCGUCCGUUCCGGCUAUCGCCAGCGGAAGGGUGCAGAGGCACCGAGACGGCGAAAACGCCGAAAUUCAGAUGUAUCUCUCCAAACUACAAGACCUGGUGCCGUUCAUGCCAAAGAACAGGCGGAUCUCAAAGCUGGAAGUGAUCCAGCACGUGAUUGAUUACAUCUGCGACUUACAGUCGGCCUUAGAAAAUCACCCAGCGGUUGGACAGUUUGAAGCGGAGGCCGCAUUGGCGCCUGCGUGCGAUUCACCACCCAGGCCGCGACGAAGGCCUCUCGGACCUCGCCCGGCCCCAAACACAAUUCUCCCAACUGACAGAGUUCUAUCCUCAUCACUGCACUCUAACCACACGACUCCAGAAAAACAAGACCAACCAGAUAGGCCGACGUGCUAAUUGAUGAGUAGUCUUAAGGACAAUUAUAAUAAUGGUGAACGUCAAAAUACCUCGAGGUGCACUCGAUGCGCUCCGAAAGUAAUAUCGUCGGUAGUACCUCAGCGCCGGGAGCCUCCUGCAUCAGUUCCAGUGAACUUCAUCUCACGAUGAUAUCCUAAGUACGAUCUCGUUAAGAUCAAUAUAGGUUAAUUUAAUUAUUUCGUGGCAUUAUGCUAAAGACUUAAGCAUUGCAAUGCAAUCAGCCGGCUGCCGUCGGCGGUGAGACGGCUUGUUUUGUUAUGUUAAUGUAAAAGCUUUAUUAGUUCUUAAUUUAGUAUGAUGUACGUGAACAAGUUUGUAAAUAAUAAUGUUGAGUGGUUUGCGACAUCUAGACAAUUUUCGGUUUUACCUUCAACAAAAUUUAUAUUGUAAUAUAAAAGGACGUAAACAUUUCUUUUGGUAUGUAGUCUUUCACAAAAAUUCUUGUUUAUUUUCUCCUAGGCUCUUAGUUUUAAAACGAUGCUUCCAUUUAUAUCAAAGAAGUGAAUCAAUUCAAAGUUGAUUCACGUAUAUAAUUUUAUUUUAAGUUUCAUGAGUGUGAUUAUGCAUGGCGAUUUCGUUGCUCUUCUAGAUUAUAAAAUUAUUAUUGUAAGUACUGAACGCAAUAUAUUCUUUUAAUUAAUUUAUCAUAAUGCGUUUUGUACGAACUUGUAAAUAUUGUAUGUAAUAAAAAAAAUUAAAUAUAUAAAAAAUUUAGCAAAAAUUAUCAAAUUUGAGACCCUCUAUGAUUUUAUAUUGAAUAUAAGGUGAAAAUGCUUUAAUUAUCUUAUAUAAUUCUUAUUAAUUAUGGUGUAUUAUGAUUUUAAACAGACUGUUAUAGUUUUAGUUAUUCGGGGAUGUGUAGCAGUAGGUGGUCAAAGUAAUCGUAUUGUUAACCGGAUAUGGUAAUAAAUUAUACUGAAUGAUAUCAGGUGAACGAAGUACUCGGUAAAGGAAUGGUUGAAAAAUAUCAAUAGCCACAAAUAAAACUAUGAGUGAAAUCACUGUUCCUUUAAUGAGUCUCCGUUUGCUCUCGAACAAUUUGUUUUAUACUAAAACAUAUUGGCAGCUUUAUGUUAAAUUAUGGUCACAAAAUAUCUCAAUUGACUGAUUUAUGUUGUACAUCGGACUUUUUCUUUUUAAAUUGCACUGUUUUAUUUGUAUAAAUACCGUUGAAAUAACAUAAAAUAAAACAAUAUUAUUACAGUA